GGCGCUGUAAGCGGGUGGCCGAGGCCGGUGCGAGCGGCCCGGCAUGGCGGAGCCCCCGCGGAGGAGCUCGCUUGGGGCGGGCGGCUCGGCGGCGGCGCUGCCGCUGCGGGCGCGGCUGAGCUUCGCGGCCGGGCAUUUCCUGAACGACCUGUGCGCUUCGCUCUGGUUCACCUACCUGCUGCUCUACCUGCACGCCGUGCUGGGCUACAGCCACCGGCUGGCCGGUGGCCUGCUGCUGGCCGGGCAGGUGGCCGACGGGCUGUGCACGCCGCUGCUCGGCUACGAAGCCGAUCGCUCUGCCGGUUGCGGCCGCUACGGCCGGAGGAAAUCCUGGCACUUGGCUGGCACCACCUGCGUCCUCGUGUCCUUCCCCUUCAUCUUCAGCCCCUGCCUGGGCUGCAAGGAGAACACGCCGCAGUGGGCAGCCUUCAUCUACUACCUCCCCUUCAUCGUCAUCUUCCAGUUUGGCUGGGCGGCCACGCAGAUCUCCCACCUGUCCCUCAUCCCAGAGCUGGUGACCAGCGACCAUGAGAAGGUGGAGCUCACGGCUUUCAGGUAUGCCUUCACCGUCAUGGCCAACAUCACCGUGUACGGCCUGGCCUGGCUGCUGCUGAACCUGCAGGUGGACCGGCCUGAGCACACGGAGCACCUGGGCAUCCAGGAUGUCCCCGUGUUUCGGAACCUGUCCCUCAUCGUGGUGGGGCUGGGGGCUGUCUUCUCCCUCAUCUUCCACCUGGGCACCAAAGAGAAGCCGUACCCGCUGGGCUCCCUGCCGCAGCCCGAGAGCACACCCCUGCUGCAGAAGGAGCCCACGAGGUGCCCGCGCCCGCUGCUGGCCUGGAAGGACUGGCUGCUGGAGCCUGCCUUCUACCAGGUAGGAGCAGGAGGCUGCCACGGCCAUGCCCCGUCCCCCUCCUCCAGUCGGCGCGGGCUGAGCGCCGCUCUCUCUGUCCCCUUGCAGGUGGCGGUGCUCUACAUGGCCACCCGGCUCAUUGUCAACCUGUCCCAGACCUACAUCGCCAUGUACCUGACCAACUCGCUGCUGCUGCCCAAGAAAUACAUCGCCACCAUCCCCCUGGUGUUGUACGUCAGCGGCUUCCUGUCCUCCUUCCUCAUGAAACCUGUGAAUAAGUGGAUAGGUCGAAACCUGACAUACUUCGUGGGCAUCCUGGUGAUCCUGGCCUUUGCCUCCUGGGUGACCCUGACCAGGACGAUGGGAGCGGAGAUCUACGGGGCGGCCGCGCUGCUCGGGGCUGGCUCCGCCACCAUCCUGGUCACCUCCCUCUCCAUGACGGCCGACCUCAUCGGCACCAACACGCACAGCGGUGCGUUUGUCUACGGGGCCAUGAGCUUCACGGACAAGAUGGCCAAUGGCCUGGCUGUGAUGGCGAUCCAGAACCUGCACCCGUGCCCGACUGAGCUCUGCUGCCCUGCCUGCAUCAGCUUCUACCACUGGGUGAUGGUGCUGGUCACCGGGGGGAUUGCCAUGGCUGCCACCGUGUCCCUGUGCUGCAUCAUGAUCUGGCCCAUCCGGGUCCGCUUCCAUGAUGUCUCCCUGCAGGGACUGAAUGAAGCCAGGAUCCCGUACAAUGAAACGGAGAGCGUGGAGGAAAGGAGCCCCAACAGCACGGUCAACUGAGCAGGGCACAUGUCCUUGGCCGUGGUGAUGGCCGGGCUCUGCCGGGAGGGACCCCAAGGAAGGGGAUGGCACCAGGACAGGGGAGCUGG